AUGCGAGCGGAGGAAAGGGAGUUCUUCACAGCGAUGGAGCUCAUGAAGAAUGGCGACGACUCGCUGUUCUUCAAGUUCUACAGGAGGUCGCCGGAGACAUUUGACGGUCUCCACGACAUGGUGCGGGACCGGCUGACGAAGGAAUGGGCCUGCCUAGAACCGAUUUUGUCUGGCGAGCGCCUCGCACUGACGCUGCGAUACCUGCCCCCCGGUACGCUCGUGCGAGAUGCAGCAUUGUCCAGAGUGGGGCUGGAGACUGCACGCAAGGCAAUCCACCUGACGUGUAAUGUGCUACGGGAGGUGUUGUCCCCAGUGUACAUGAAGCCUCCUACAGAGGAAGAAUGGAGGGACGUCGCCUCAGGAUUUGGCAGCCGCUGGCAGUUCCCGAAUUGCCUGGGUGCUGUGGACGGCAAGCACAGCACCCACUCCAUUGUCCUCAUGGCUGUGGCUGGCAGUCAGUACCUGUUUCGCAUUAUUGAUGUGGGCGCACCUGGGAGGUUUAGUGAUGGGGGAAUUUUCAAAAGUUCCCCCAUUGUCAAACGACUGCACCAGGGCAAACUCAAUCUGCCACGGGCAGCUAAGCUACCAGGCUCCGAUAGAGUUUGCCCUCAUGUGUUUGUUGGCGAUGAAGCCUUCCAGCUGCGCCCCGACUUCAUGCGGCCACUACCGGGCACCCGGACUGAAGCUGACGGGAUCAUCUUCAACUACCGCCUCAGCCGUGCCUAG